AUUUGUAUUACGAUGGCUACUAGUUGUCAAGAAGAGAAACCGGUGACCUCUUUGGAUGACUAUGAGAGCACGGACGAUGAGGAGUCUGAUGAAGAAGGACUCACUCUGAAGCAAAGAGCGGAUCGUGUCAGAGAAAGUCAAGGUCACUUUGAGACUGAGGUCUGGUUCGGGGAAGAGGCAGACUCAGAUACACUGAUGAAGGACUGCAAAAAAAAUCGUGGACACUACGAGUUUUUCCAUGUCCACGACUUCAAGAAACGCCUCUUGCCUAGUGGUUAUGGAUACAUAAAAUUACUCCGGGCUAUCAAGACAUGUGCCGAGUUGACUGUUCUACUCAGAGUUUGUUUUACUAGCCGUGAUCGGCCGGAAAAAUAUCCUAGUUCAGAAAAACCAUUUCCAUUUUUUAAUAUCAGAGGCACAAUACCAUGUCGACGGGGUGGGAGUGGGUGGGUGUGGAAAGUGGAGGAGUGCGGAGAAAAGAAAAAGGAGAAAAAUGGUCCUUGCAAAUGUCCAGAAUGCAAGCGAUCUGCGAAUCCGUGUAAAGUGUGGUGGGAGAUUAUUAUAAUGACGGCCGCACAUAUCAUAUUUGAUGAGAGUGAAUGUGUCAAAACUGAUGUAAUAUUCUGGGAUGAGGAGAACGGUAAAAAUGACCCCGUAACACUUAAAGGCCAUGCCAUGGGAGACAGCAGUUUAGCAGCCGAUAGAGGUAUGUUCAUGUGCGUGAGCCACGAUGCUGACUUUUGUAAAAGACUCAGAACCCUUUGUAAAAGAAGGGCUGAAUUAACGGGACAUUGUGAUGAAUAUUUUCGCACUGAAAAUGUCCACAGCUUAUCGGUUGUCAUCUCUCAUCCCCAUAUGGAUAAGAAACGGAUCACUCUUGGCACUGGGAUUGCCCGCGAAGACGAAGAGCUGGCCUCGUACUACUCAUACAACACAAAAACUUGUAAUGGGAGUAGCGGUGGGUUUGUGUGGGCUGUUGGAUGGGGUUCGCAUCAUGGAUCCAUGGCUCCUCACAGCUAUGGUGAGACAGACGAUCUCGGUGCUAAUACCAAUAAAAGUGGUUGGAGCUGGCCUCUGAAUUAGACAGGGCUGUCGUGAUUGCACUGUUCUCAGACCUCGUGUCUCACUGGGACCCUGCUGUUUUAUAUAAAUGCUGUUUGUCAUUACGGACAGUCUCUCAUGCAAAUAGCAAACAUCCACACUGCGAAACACACACAUUGCAAAGAAACUUUUUAAUCCUGAUUAUUUUAUUAUCCGUGUAAUAUAAAUAUAAUCUUUGUAUUUAAAACGCGUACGUAAUGAAAUUCAUUACUGAAAAUAUUAUUAUUUCUGCGUCUAGCCGAUUUCAUUAUGUGAGUGCUAGACCGUUAUUUUCUUUAGUAAUGAAAAAUAGUAUUUUUUAGUAAUUUAGUAUAUUUAGUAAUUGCGUGGGUUUUGAAAAGUUAACAAAAUAUGCCUGUGAUACAAGACGAGCAUGGGAAACCUAUGAAGGAUGCCAUAAGUUAUGAGGCAAGUUGAAAUCAGGCGCUCGUCAAAAUAAUGAAAUCCAAGAAAUUGACAUUUUUUUGGGCUGAUUGGCAAUUUUUUAAAAAUGUUUUUCUUUUUUUUUGUUUUAGCUCAACACCUUUUAUGUCCAUUUUAAAACACAUUCUUCGGUCGAUUUUACUGAAAACCAUUGAUUAAAGGUACAACAAUGUAAAUUUUCAGUUUCCAAGGACUCUCAGGCUAUGGAAGUUUCCAAAAUUUGGGGCCAUUUUCUCACAAAUUUUACCUCUGAAACCAGGCGACCCUGACGUCCUUCAAUUCGACUCUUUUUGAACAUAGAUGGAAUUUUUUUCAUCAAAAA